AUGGACGUCAUGGAGCUAGUCGAGAACGAGCAAAAUGCACGCCCCUUCCAAUGCGAUUGGAAAACAUGCACCAAGAGCUUUAACAGAAAAUCUGACCUUCAGCGUCACUAUCGCAUACAUACAAAUGAGAGACCUUACUCAUGCGUGACCCCAGGAUGCGGGAAAAGCUUCAUCCAAAGAAGUGCCUUGACCGUCCACAUCCGUACACAUACUGGUGAAAAGCCUCAUCAAUGUCAACACAUUGGCUGUGGCAAACGAUUUUCUGAUUCAUCUAGUCUUGCCCGUCAUAGACGUAUCCACACAGGCAAGAGACCUUACAAAUGCGCACACGAUGGCUGCUUGAAGAGCUUUUGUAGAAAGACUACCAUGGUCAAGCAUCAAAGACGUUCGCAUCAGCGUGGCAUCCAUUCAUCAGAGCUUGAUGAUGGCGAGACAUCUGAUUCUGAUAGUGGGGAAUCGCCAACCACUCCUCAACAUCACUCUAGUCAAAUUCAGUGGCCCCAACACUUGACAGUCCCAGGUGUUCCACAUGCACAUCAGAUGCAUAGAGCACACUCAUUCGCGGAUUUUGGACAACAUCAACAGAUUGAUGGUUACCCCAUGCCACAAGCGUAUGCCCACAGACACAGCCUGUCGGGAGGUCCUCAGGCAUACGGUGCUGUUCCAGAUCAGCACCAUCACAUUAUGCAAAGACAGCCUAGUCUUCAGCACGCCUCUUACUAUGUUCCUGAGCAGAACAACCCAGGAGUCGCAACUUUGAACACCAAUCCGGCUCCAAUUCAAACGUACCACAUUCCUCGACAUUCCAUGGAGAGACACCCUCAGGAGAUACUACAAAGCAGCCCUGGUAGUUACUCUUCCCACUCCCGCGCCAGCCCAGUCUCCCAAGAACCUUACUAUACACACACUCAGCACUCGGUUCACGUUCCUACAUACGCUAUUCAUGGCCAGUCACCAACUGAACCACAGCCAAUGAUUCAUUACCAGCAGCACGUGCCAACACCUCAAUCGAUUCCAUCACCAGUCGCACAAGUGCAGCAUCAAUUGCAACACCAAUAUCCACAACCUCCCGAGCAUGGUCAGUGGUAUGAGAGUACUCCUUAUCAACAACCUGAAGUGAUCAGCCACGUGCCAAUGUAUCCCCAGGUUACUGUCUUCAGCGAUCCAUGGCAUAAGCUCGAGACAUUUGAUGAUCCAUCAUUACAAAUGCCCAGUGCUCGCAUUGAGAAUUUGUAG